GGUUCGGCAGUCAGAAGGGCGAGGGCGGCGGGGCGGGCGGGUCCUGGGGCAAGGAGCCCGUCCCGCUGGGGAGAGCGAGCCGGGCUCACCCGGGCAGCGCCGGGGCAGCCAUGCGGGCGCUGGCGGAGCUGCUGCUGUUCCUGGCCACGCUGCUCUACUCCUACCUGGAGGCGCUGGCGAAGCUGCUGCUGCCCGCCCGCAGGAAGUCUGUCCGCGGGGAGCUGGUGCUCGUCACGGGCGCGGGCCACGGCGUGGGCAGAGCGGCCGCCCUGGAGUUCGCCAAGCGCGGGAGCCGGCUGGUGCUGUGGGACAUCAACAAGCACGGCCUUGAGGACACGGCAGCAGAGUGCCAGAGGCUGGGAGCCCCCGUGCAGACCUUCCUGGUGGACUGCAGCAAGAGGGAGGAGAUCUACAGCGCUGCCGAGAAGGUGAAGAAGGACGUUGGGGAUGUCACCAUCCUGGUGAACAAUGCAGGUGUGAUUACAGCUGCCGACCUGCUCUCCACUCAGGACCACCAGAUUGAAAGAAUGUUUGAAGUCAACAUCCUUGCUCACAUGUGGACCACCAGAGCUUUUCUGCCAACCAUGAUGAAGAACAACUACGGUCACAUUGUCACGGUGGCUUCAGCAGCAGGUCAUUUUGGGACUUCUUUCAUGGUGGCUUAUUGCUCAAGCAAGUUUGCUGCAGUUGGAUUUCAUAAAGCUCUGACAGAGGAGCUGUCUGCCCUGGGAAAGGAUGGAAUCAAAACCACGUGUCUGUGUCCAGUGUUUAUAAACACGGGGUUUGUCAAAAACCCCAGCACAAGGCUUGGGAAGAUUCUGGAGGCUGAAGAAGUUGCAGAGGCCCUGAUGGAGGGGAUACUGACCAACCAGAAGAUGGUUUUUGUGCCACCACAUCUAAGCUUUGCGUUGCUUUCUGAAAUGCUGUUUCCAGAACGUGCCUUGAAUGUGCUGAAAAAGCUGAAUGAAGUCAAGUUUGAUGCAAUUGUUGGGCAGAGAAGCACCCAGUGAAAAGUGGAGAUGGAUUCUCCCUUCCCAGUGGCACGGGUGAAAACAGAAGCUGGCUGAGCACAGCCCAGCUGGUUGGAUCCAGAGCAGAACUAAGGCAGAUGCUUCCAGGCCACCAUUUCCUAAGGGUUUAUCCCACACCUGCAGCAGGGACAUGCCUGCAUCACAAGGAGAGUUCACCCAGCAGAAAUGCAUCUCCAGGGCCUGAAGGGCUGGAGGUCCAUCGCCUCCAUCUCCUGGUGCUGAGGCAACAGGAAUUCCCACCAAGCCCCUCUGUGGCCCAGCACAGCUGCCUCCCAGAGGGGAGAAAGGGAUUGCCUGAGAACCCCUUCAUCUGGGCUCAUCCCUGAGCAGUGGACAGAGGAGGUGGGUGGCCUGUUGCACCUCAGUUCCUCUUUCUGAAUGCAGAAAGCUGUGCUGUGUUGACCACACACGUUUCCCUGUGCUGUUGUGGUGGGAACCUGAAACGAUACAGGCUUGGAUGUCAUGGAAUCCCUAGUGAUGUCAUCACUUAUGCAUGAGCACCAUCAACACUCCUCAUUCCAAAUAAAAGACAGUUCUCUAAA